CGAUGUUGUUAUUCUGUAAUUCAAUAAUAUUAUACAUUUUCUGACCUAUCCAAUGUAUUUUAUAGGCUGCAUUAAAAAGGAAAAGAUUUCGAUAAUUCCACUCAUAAAUCAUGCCGCAAAAUUUUCACGAGAAAAAUGUUCGCGCUUGGCUUCUAGACUAUAAAAAUAAACACAGUACACCUUUAAAAACACCUGAUACAUUUGGUUAAUAACGUAAAAACCGAUUGUUGGUUAUCUUAUCACCGAAACGGCCGCCAUUUCAUCAUUCGACGAUGAACCAUGUCCACAACGAAAUCACAUACAUGCUACUUAAUGACGACGAAAACAAUACGGAAUCGAACGCGAUCGAAGAUUGCCAUGCCAGAAACGAACGAGAUUCCGUGAAGAUGACCGGUUGUCUCGUGACGUUCGCGAUCCUGGUGACUUUUGUUUACGGGGUGCAAAUAUCAUUCAGCGACGAUGCCGCUGGAAGUUAUUUCGUUCCUUUCGAAGAGAAAACCAAGAUUGUAAAUGACACGAAUCCAAUAUGGACUUACGACUGCACGAGCAACACAUGUACAAGAAGACCUCUGAACGAUGAAGAAAUUCCAACCACCUUGGGAGAAUGUAACAUGAUAUGCGGCAUGCCCUCUUUAUGGCCGAAACCAAGAUCCGUAAAAGUAAUUAACAAAAAACUAUCGACAUUCAGAAAAAGCCAGAUUACAACCAAAAUCGUCUCGCCAAAAAGCGUAGAAGAAGACACGAAGAAAGCUUUGGAUAUAUUCAUGAUGAGUCUACCUUCCACUGGUCGAAUCCAAAUGGAAAACGCCGACUUGAAAUACGUGUUUAUCAAUAUUAAAGUGACUAGCCAUGAAACUAAACUUCAUACGACAAGUGACGAAAGCUAUAAACUAAAUAUUACCAAAAUUGAUAACCAUGCGCUAGCAAAUAUUGCUGCUAAAACUUAUUUUGGAGCCAGGCACGCUUUAGAGACAUUGAGCCAGCUCAUACUAUUCGACGAUGUUACCAAAAAGCUACAAAUCUACCACGAUAUCGAAAUUCAAGACAGUCCAGCUUUUUCUCAUAGAGGCUUGAUGGUGGAUACCGCGAGAAAUUUCUUUCCCAUAGAGCAGUUGAUGAGCAUUGUAGAUGGUAUGGCGAUGAAUAAGUUGAACGUUUUCCAUUUGCAUUUAACGGAUGCUGUCAGCUUUCCUAUAGUGCUGCCCAGUAAUCCUUGGUUGGCCAAAUAUGGUGCUUACGGUCCUGGUAUGGUCUAUACGCCUGAAGAUAUUAAAGGUUUGAUCGAAUACGCAAGAGUCAGAGGGGUGCGGGUGAUCCUUGAAGUCGAUGCACCGAGCCACGUCAAUGCAGGUUGGAAUCAUUUGAAUUCAGACAAAGAGAAAAUCGUCAUCUGCGGAGAUACAGACGUCUUUAACGGUCAUCUUAAUCCGGACAGUAAGAAAGCUCAACAAUUACUAGAAACCGUCUACGCAGAUUUGUUGGAACUUGGUACAGAUAGAGAAACGUUCCACAUCGGUGGCGAUGAGGUUAAUCUCAGAUGUUUGGAAAGAACCAACGCUUCCAGUAAAUAUACAGACAUAUACGAUUUUUGGGCGGAUUACAUGAACAACAUUUUUGCCAAAGUCGGAAGAGCGUUCCACGGUAAUGUACCUAAUAAUUUAGUGAUAUGGUCCAGUGAUCUCACUGACAAGAACCUAGGUUCACUCAUUUACUCCAAAAAUCUGGUAGUUCAAUACUGGUUUGGUCAGUUGGAUGCGAUCCUACGCAACGGAAAUAAUAUCAUAUUUUCAACCGUUGGAAAAUGGUACCUUGACUGUGGAUUCGGAUCAUGGAAAGCUUCUGGAACAAAUGGAGUUUGUGAUCCAUACACGCCCUGGCAGACCUUUUACAAUUACAGACCAUGGCAGAGUUAUACAAGUUUCAAAAACCAAGUUUUGGGAGGCGAGGCUUGUCUUUGGACCGAAGAAGUGGGAGAGGACACCCUAGAAACCAGAAUUUGGCCACGAACAGCGGCUUUGGCGGAAAGGCUUUGGAGCGAUUUACCCAAAAUUGAUAUUAUCGAUGUGUCAACAAGACUAUCCGAUCAAAGACAAAGGUUAAUUGGCAGAGGACUGAAGGUUGCAACUAUUUGGCCCAAAUGGUGUUCGCUAAAUCCUGGAAAAUGUCUUUGAUGCACUGAAUGGUAGAUGUGUUUUAGAUCAAUUUGUAAUUGUAGUUUAUUUCAGUUUUAUUAAAUUUAAACGCCACUGAUAUUUUGUAAAUUGUAUUUUUGAUAAAAGUUUUUAUGAGGAAAAGACCAAAGUUUUUAUAGCUCAUAUCAUGGCCGCUUUUUGAGCAACAAAAAAAUGAAAUAUAAAUAACCAAUAGGAAAUAUUUAAUUUUAUGAAUGUAUUUUUUUAGGCAGUUUUUUAUUUAUUCAAACAUUGUUU